GGGGGGGGGGGGAGGAGCUCGUUGCAAUGGCAACCGCCACCACCUCCCAGCCCCAAAGCGAGUGAAAAGUAAAAAAGGCGUGGAAAGACGUGGAGACAGAAAGGAAAAGCGUUUUGUGUGUGGGAGGGGGGAGGAGGCAGACGGGAUUUUCUCGCCUUUCCUCCAGGUUUGGUCUGACUAAACCUGGGGGACCCUCCGCUGAGGUUAAGGAAUCUUAAUUGAGGAAUGGGGGAAUCUCUUCAGACCACCUUAAAAAGAAAAGAGCAAAAAAAGGGUGGGGGCCUGAGGUGAUGAGCGGGGGGAAGGAAAAAUUAAAACCCCGAGCCCGCCCCCCUCCCCGCCGCAGAGCCAGCCUCCGAUUCACUUCCUGAGUUUCAAGCCUUGUCUUCCCUCCUGCCUUACAACAUGGCCGGCCGAAAAGCUAAGGAGACCCGGGGGCCCGGGGCUCCAAGCCUCGUAGCCGUGGCAGUGGCGGUAGCGCUGGCUGGACCCCCUCCAGUAGCAGCGGGGCUAGAGGAGCCGAGCCGGGUCCGAGCCAUGACGUCCAACAACUGGACUCUGGUGCUGGAGGGGGAGUGGAUGCUGAAAUUUUAUGCCCCUUGGUGUCCAGCCUGCCUGCAGACUGAGUCAGAAUGGGAGACUUUUGCUAAAAAUGGUGAAUUACUUGACGUCAGUGUGGGAAAAGUGGAUGUCACUCAAGAACCAGGUUUGAGUGGCCGAUUCUUUGUCACCACACUUCCAACUAUUUUCCAUGCAAAAGAUGGAAUAUUUCGUCGAUACCGUGGUCCAGGAAUCUCCAAAGAUCUUCAGGAUUAUAUCUUCCAGAAGAAGUGGAAAGCAGUUGAGCCUGUGGCUGGCUGGAAAUCUCCAUCUUCUAUAACAAUGUCUGGAAUGGCUGGACUUUUUAGCUUAUCAGGCUGGAUACGGCAACUUCACAGCUAUUUCACAGGGACUCUUGGAAUUCCAGUUUGGGGUUCAUACUUCAUCUUUGUUUUAGCCACACUGAUAAUUGGCCUUGUCCUUGGUCUGAUAUUGGUUUUACUUGCAGAUUGCCUUUGUCCACCUAAACCAAAAGAUGGAAAAGAUCAGUUUGCUGAACCAAUUGAAAAGGAGAGGGCAGCUCCUGCAGUUGAAGAUCUAGGAAAUUCAGAAGAAAAGAAAGAACUUUCAGAUGAAGAGGAUAAAGAAGACAUUUCAGAGGGAGAUGAUAAGGAAGACUUUUCAGAAAAGGAAGAGGAAAAAAGUAACUCAAAUGAUGAGACCACAGAAGAGGAGGACUCUGCAGCUGAUGAAGCACCAAGCACUGAAGAUGUUGGAGAGAAUACUGAAGAGCAACAGCUCAUUGAUAAAGAGGCUGAAAGUUCAGUGAGGCAGCGCAAAAGUCAUGGUGCUGAUGACUAAACAGUAGUUUUUUGUAAAGAUACUUCCAGCAAACGGGACCAAAGAAAUGUGUCACUUGCCCUUCUGGUCUGCAGUGGAAGCCAAAUUCUUAAUCUGUCCUGCAUGAGCCAGCUUCUCUCUUAAAAGCAUAUACGUAGCGAACCUCUAAUCCUAAAAGGCAGUAACCCUCAUAUAGUAAGGAGAAUCUUUUAGGCAUGACAAUCACAAUAAAAAACAACACCUAUUAUUCUGAUUGGAGAUUUGCGAUUUGAAAAUUUGUGGGGAAGGAUGUUCUGGUUGCAAUAGGUGGCCAUCCCUUCUUUUAGCCUCCCCCCGAAACACUGUUCCAGGCCACAUGAGGUGAAAGCAUCCUUGACUUCAUGUAUCAGCAAAUUACAAAAUGUGCCCUAAGAACUGGCGCAGAAGUCUCACUUCCUUAUUUGGUCUGGAGCAGUUUUUUUUUUCAUCCUCAUGGAAAACCUCAGACAAUAUAGUCAAUCAAUAGCUAUUUAUUGAGAUAGAAAUUGAGAGGCCCCCGACGUUAUCCUAGUAGAGAACUGUGGAUACAGUGGUUAACUCUCGUCACUGGCUCACUGAAGCACCUUUAUUAUCCUUCCCUUUUUAGUUCUCAUUUUUCCUUCUCCAUGUUUCUUUUGAAAAUAUACUGAGUGCACCCUGACAACAGGGCCUGGCCUUAGACAGGGCUUGCUGUGUACAACACCAGCGGUCUUCAGUUCCUGAGUAUUCAGAGGAGCAGCAGACAAGUUAACAUGACAUCAGCUGAGCUUAUGAUGACUUGUAGGGCUUAGAUCAUCAGAGACCGCAAACAGUGAAAUAUUGACAAGCAAACGCAGAAAACAACAUGUAACCUUCAGAGAUUCAGAAGGAAGUGGCCAUUUAGCAGGAGAAGAAUUUUUUUUCUCUUUUUGGCCAAAAUGCCAUCUCCCCCAACCCCCACUCCAUUUCAAAUAUUUCAUUGAGAAGUCCUCUUUUUGAAGCCAGUAAAUCCUCUUAGUCUUGCCAAUACAAGCAAGCCAUGUGCAAAGAAAGGCAGUAUGAUGUGGUACUAUUUCCAUCUCUAGAGUAGCUCCCUGGCUCCAUCUGAGCUACUUUAGUAAUCAUAACAACUAAAAAACCACUUAUGGUUUCCUUUUUAGUGAACUAACUGACCGGUGAAAGAAUGAGUGAAAAUCUAGAGCAGGAAAUGAGAGAAAUGGAUUCUUCUCUUCCCACCUGCCCUACCCCCAACUCUCUUUAAUCCCGCAAAGAAAUGAGUCUUUGUAAAUCUCUCAAUACUUGAGUUAUUAAAAGUACCCAGGGGGUUAGUUUCUUUAAAAAAAAACUUUCUUUAUACUUGAUUUAUUUUUUAGAAAUAAUUUGAGAAAAUCAAGAAGCUAAUCAUGCAUGGAUUCUCAAGGUAGCACCUAUCUCUCUUCCCUCUCCCCUUUUUCUUUUCAGUACCUCAGUAAGUAUCCAAGGAAAAGAGCAGGGUUUUAUAAAUCCAGAAAUUAUCUUGUCACCUUUAAAAAUGAAUUUGAUUAUGCAUCUGGUUAUUCAGAUUACAUUUUCAUUGGGCGAGUUGAGAACAAGGAAAUUAGUGUGGAAUUCUGAGAAUCCCUGCCCUCUUAUGGUUGAAAGCAAGUAUUACAGAACUUGCACAAAACUGGUUUUAUUUAAAAAUAAAUUGUCUGAUCCUGGGAUUAGUUUACAUCUUUUAAAGUUAGUCAUGUAUUGUUGUUAUAUUUAGUAUCCCCCUUCCUCAGGGGCAGGGUAUGGGGAGAAAGGUAGUGGUGGAAAGAUGUUUGUUUGUUUUUUAAGAAUUUAUUCCAAGAAGUUACAGGCUUUAUUUUAAGCCUGUGCUAUCCCAUGGUUUAGGGUGUUUAUUUCAUAGUUUUGCUGGUACAGAGUAGCUAUAGAAACAAACUCUUUCAAAGGAAUAAGAAACACAUUUUAGUGGCUUCCAUACAUCUUAAAGAGGAUUUAAGAUAGUUAAAUGGUGUGUAUCCAUGUUUAUGUGACUAAUCUUUGUAUUCUAGAUAGCAAACAUUUACCAAGCAUCAGAGUAUAUGUAUCAAAGGUUUACUUCUUUUUUGGGAAAAUCCACCUAUCCCUUGGAACCAGUGGGAGCUUGAUUCAUAUUAAUUGAUCUUGAUGAUCAGUUAUAUCUAAUGUUAAUGUUGUAUUAGGUACUUAAUAUAUCCUAAGAAAGAGACUUGAUCCCUAUUCCCUAGUUAUUUAAAACCUAGAGAAAGGUACACUUUGAAGCUUAAGAUAGUUAUAGCCUUAAGGACUUCAGGAAAUCACAAAACUGUCGGACCUUCAUUCAUCCCCUAUUUUUUUCUGGCAGGACUGCUGUUUAUCUUUCCCUAAAAGAGAUGCCAUUUUCAUAAUCACUACAUGUAUCCAAUAUUAGUGAGCCUUCUAAUGAUAUGAAAUAAAUUUGGUCUAUAGAAAGAGCCAUGUAUUUGAAUUCUGGGUUUUCUACAUACUACCCAUGUGACCUUUGGCAAUUUACAUUAUCUAUAUAUGGGCCUUAGGGUCUUCAGUAUAUAAGAUGAAAGGACAGAGUAGAUAAUUUCCAGGUCCCUUUUUACUCUAUCUAUAAUAGUAUAGUUUAAAAAUAUUUAUAUGAUGAUAAAUGAAAUUAAUUUUUAGUAGAAUGGUCUAAUAUUUACUCUCUCAGAAUUAAAAAUGCAUAUAAAAUACAUAAUUUAAGAACCAUCAAAGCUUUCUCCUCUUUAACCUGGCCAUCAUCCUUAAAAAGGCAGAAUGGAGACAUAGAUACAGCAUCAUAGAAUUUAAAACAUGAAGAAAGCUGUAGUCUUUUGGUCCAACAUCCUCACUUUGCCAAUGAGGUGCUUGAGAUCCAGAGAGGUUUCUGAUCAUUACUUGCUCUUGCUGAUGCUCUGUGCUAAAUGUUUAAAGCAGACUAAAGUCUCCUAGUAGAGUGUGGGAUGCAAAUAGGAGUCUUGAAAAUGAAAUAAAAGAAUCAUAAAAAAUUUAGCUGGAAGAGAGAAGUGAGCCUCCCGCCCAGUGUAGCAAAAGAAUCCCAAUUGUACACACCUCAGGGAUGGUCAUCCAACUUCUUCUAUUUGAAUACAUCUAGCAAUGGGAGCUCCAUACUUUGCAUGGUAACCCAUUCUUAUCUUGGGUAACUGAGUAGGAAAUAUUAAUUAGUAGAAAUCUGGUUCCCUAUAAUCCCUACUAAAACCACUUUGCUUUUUUUUUUUAACCUUGAGGAUAGUACCAGCUUGUAUCCAAAAUUGCAGUUAUUUAUUUAAAAAGGAAACUGAAUUUUCUUUGUCUGUAAAUACCAAAAUAAAAUCGAGGGAAAGGGAGUUAGAACAGUUCAGAAGAGAGUAUGGCAAAAUUUUUAAGAAUUAAGCCCUAAUUUUAAAAUAUUAAUUUUUCUUAAUGGGCCAGGAGAUGUGCUAUUGUCCUUCCUUUUUUUUUUUUUGUAAUAGAAAUCCUGAGGAAAAAAUGAGUCUACCACUUAAAAAAAACUAAAGUUAUAUACACCAUUAUUUAUUAAUUUUCGGACCAUUUAAGAUAGGUAGUGUCGUUUUUAGUGGUUUUGAUUCUACUUGUUGAGGAAUAAUUGAAAUUAUGGUUUGAUUCAUUAUUUAAAUUGGUAAAUGCAGAAUAGAGAGAUAAUUAUUCACAUAAUGGUUAAGAAUCAUGUGGAUGUAUCUAGUUGUUGCAUAUUGUUUUUGAGGAGAUGUUAUUUCUCAUCCAUACGUUAAAGUAUUAUAUUAAUUUGCUCAAAAAUGACUGCAUUGUAGAAGACCCUUUUUUGAAGUACUUGUAAGGAUGGUACAUUAAUGUAGUUAUUUCUAGUACAAUAAAUAUGAAACUGUGGUUGGAUCCACAGAUUUCUAAGUUUUGUCUAUAAAACAAGCUUGUCUGAGAUGAUGUCAAGAUGAUUUGGUUUAGUUGGCCAGGAAUUACAUCUGCUUUUAAGCCUAGUUGAGUAAUUCCUUUUAUACAAAUUAACCAAAAUCUAAUCAAGGGAAAAAAUCAAUAUAUUAUCAUUUUUACUUGAAAAAGGAAAAGAAAAAAAUCAACAUGUUAAAAAAAACUGAAUUUCUCAAAAGGCAAAAAAGUCUUGAAUUUGGAUUCUAGGUUCAAAUGCAGCUUCUCUCACCUACAAUCUGUAUAUUUUUAGACAAAUCACUUAUAAGUUCUCUGAAUCUGUUUUUUUUCCCCUAUCUGUAAAAUGAAUGGGUUUGUACUCGGCAAAAACUAAUACGUAGCCACAAUUAUCUUCUCUUCCCCUUACUGACUCCCACCCCAAGCCUUCUAAUCUUUCUGGUUAGAUACUGAAUCCUCACCCAUAUCAUUGCUAGAGGGAGCCCAGAACCUCCUUCCACUUGCCCUGAGAGCCAUUCCUAGUAGUGAGAUGCUCCUUUAGGGAAACACCUUGAUGAGUCCUCAGAACUCGCAUUCAGUGCAGCCUGCCUUGCAGCUGCAUGCCUGGGACCUCUGUCCUAUAGCUGAACUCUCCUACACAUGUUGUAGUUCAACAACAGCAAAUCAACAAGCAAUUUUCAAAAGUGCUUCCUGUCUGCCAGGCAUUAUGCAAGAGCUGGAAAUAGAAAUACCCUGUGGAAGGGGAGUUUGCAUUCUAACUGGGGAAAGGAAACAAACAAGAUAAAAAGUGGAGAAGGAAGAAGGUACCAGCCUUAGAGGUCUAGAGGAGAUGCAUAUGAGAGACGCGUGGGCUCUCCUCUUAAAAUAGAGGCUCUAGGAGACUCCAACCCCUCCACGGAGAGCCACAGGAGCCAACACAGUGCAGUCUCCUUGAGAAAAGGACUCGCUUCAUUUUCUGUUUGUAACCCUAGUGCUUAACCUAGCAUAAAUGUGUAGUAUGUAGUAAGUGCCUAUUAAAUGCUUUCCAUUCAUUUCAAGCAAGGCCUUUUUCAGCUCUAAAUUCUGUGAUCCUAAUUUUAAAAACUAUUUACAUAUCUAUGUAAACUGGCCUUUUUCAUUUUUAAAGUUACAAAAUAAUCACGUAUUUGACCCAUAAUAAAAUAAGGAGUCACUAUUUAUUAAGUAGUGAUUACAUAAAAUGUAAUUUUGUAUGAUAAGUAAGUGAUAGGGUGUUUUUGGAGUGGGGAAUACAGUCCUUUAAAGUGAUGGCAGGAAAAAACAAAUACUUCUUGGAAAAUCUCCAAACUGUCUUUCUACCUUAUUGCUUUAAACUUCAUAGCUUAAAUGUGGAUUUAUGAAUGAACUACUUCUCCCUAUUUUUUUACGUGAAACAAUGAACUAAGCCUUUCUUUUCCCACCCUCACUUCAAGCUUUAAAGAAAGAUUAGAGAGUGGGUAUCAUUCCCUCAUAGUAACCUUGAAGUGCAGUCUUUGUUUAGUUUCAGUUCAUUUGAUCACCAUCUUUUUUUUUUGUAGGUCAUUAAAAUUAUAUAAAGAAAUAAAAAAUAAAUGUUAUAUUAGCUAUUUGUAGUUUCUACAGGGUUGGCUUUCAAAGGACAGUUCCGAAUUACUUGCUAGCAAAGAAACUGUUGCUUUCUCUAGGAUUUCUGUAUUUGUUGUGCAAAAUUGCAUAUACUCCAACCUACCACUUAAUUGCAAGGUGGGGCAGGUGUGAUUGUUUUGUGUUCCAAAGUCAGUGUUAAUCAUCUGACAUUUUAUGACUGAGUAGUAGAGAAAACAUACUGUCAUAAGUGAUUGGGGUGGGGGGAAGAGUUAUUUGAAGAGUUAGAAGAAGAGAGGAAAGGCUGAAGAGAGGCUAAGUGUAUGAUUUGUUGGAUGAAUGAUUGUAUCAUAAGAGGGCAAAUCAGGGUAGAGAGGGAAAAGAUGUAGGUUGGUGCUUCAUUCUAAAAUUAAUAUUUUGUUUCUUUUUGGCAUCCUUCAUCUCAGUAUAAUGUUGAAGUGUUAUUUCUGCCAGUAUUAUACAUAAGUAGUUUAUUCUAUACGCCACAUUGCCAAGGUCUUCAAAAAUAUUUGCCUCUAUCUUCUGUGCCAACAGAAAACAUUAUUUUAUUGUUACAUUUUGUUUACCUCAUUCAUGUGUUUUGAUUCACUUGAGAAAACCACAACUUAUUUUGAAAAGUUGGAAUGUAAAAUUAACUUAUUCAAUGAAUCAACAUAUUCAAUAUACGAAGUAUUAUUACAUGUUGGAUUGGGACUAAGCAAUAGGAGAUCUUUGGGAAAAGUGCUUCUCUGUUAAUAUCAUUAAUAUCAUUAAUAAUUACCAGCAUGUGAAAUACAUAAACUAAGCUUUCUCCUAAUAGGCUUGCUUACUCUAAAGAAAGUUUGGAGGUUACUAAUGUGUGUGAAUCAUGCAGCUUUGCCAUUUUUGAAUUGGCUAGAAGUGUUGAAUGCUAUUUAUGUUAUACAGCUUUUUCAUGGAAAUGCAAUCUUUUUAUACUAAUGUUGAGCAGACAUGCUACUGCAUAUUUGUAUUGCAAUACCUUAUAAAUUCAGUAUUUAAACUCAUUGUGGCUACUCUUGAUUCUUUAAUGCAGUGACAUUUAAUGUUAGAUUUUUCUUAUGGUGCUUUGUGUAAAUCUUAUGUAUUUAUGAUGUAACUCUUUUUUUAUAGUUUCAAAUCAUGUGUAAAAAACUGAAGAAAGCAAGAUACAAUUUUGAAGCAUCACUGAUAAAACAUAAAUCAUUCGGGAUAAUCAUACUAUUAUAUAACACUAUUCAUUCUGUUUUCAUUUUAAUUUAAUUUUGUGGUAGAAAAAAAUUGCUUGUAAACAGUUUCCACUAAAUCAAAGCUUAAUAGUUAUUUCAAAGACUGUAGAUGAAACAUAUUACUGUUGUAUGAAAGAUUCCACAUGACAUUCAGUCUUUUGGAUACUGUAGAAUGUUGGCUUAAUUAAAAUUGACUUUUACCAUUCA